AUGAUGGAUAAUGUUUCUCAAAUAAGAAUGUUUUUUCUUUCAGGUUUAAAUGAAACAAAUAACCACAGAUUUAUUCUCUUCUUUCUCACUUUAAUGUGUUACUGUGUGAUUUUACUGGUAAAUAUUACUGUUAUUGUGACCAUCAUCAUGGAUAAUAACCUUCAUGAACCAAUGUAUAUUUUACUAUGUACUUUUUGCAUGAAUGCACUUUAUGGGACAUCUGGUUUCUACCCCAAGUUUCUCUGGGAUCUGCUUUCUCCUGUUCAUGUCAUUUCUUACUCUGGAUGUCUUGGUCAGGCUCAGGUAAUAUACUCAUUUGCCCUCAGUGAACUCUCUAUUCUCUCCGUCAUGGCAUAUGACAGAUAUGUGGCUAUAUGUCGACCACUGGAGUACCACUCUGUCAUGUCAAAGCAAAGACUCAUUUUGUUAGUGUGUUACUCUUGGAUGACACCUUUUUGCGUGAUGGGUAUAAAUGUUUUUCUAGCCUCUAGAUUAAAGUUAUGCAGCCCAUAUAUCGCCAGGCUUUUUUGUUUGAAUUGGAUUAUUGUUAAACUUGCUUGUUUCCCAGCUGAAACUACCCUUAAUGCCGUAGUUGCUUAUAUAACAAUAGUCAUUUAUGUAUUUCAUGGCUUCUUUAUCGUUUGUUCCUACAUGUAUCUCAUUAAAACAUGUGUGAAUUCAAUAGAAAACAGGGCAAAGUUCAUGCAAACAUGUGUGCCACAUUUAACCUCCUUGCUCAUUUUUCUUGUAACAAUACUUUUCGACGUAUUGAAUAUUCGAUUUGGUUCAAAUGAUUUACCUCAAACUCUUCAAAACUUUGUUGCAAUAGAAUUCCUUGUCAUACCUCCCUUGUUGAAUCCUCUCAUUUAUGGUUUCAAAUUGACCAAAAUUAGAAACAGAAUUCUAGGUGUCAAUACUUUAAAAACCAAAUGA